UCCUACCUAUUUUUCUUUACAAUUUUUUUGUCUGUGUAAAAUUUGUUGCUUCACGUCAGCCUAUCGGCUGUAUUUUAAUUAUUUUUUCAAAACAAUAUAGUGUUUAUAUUGUUUUUCAUUUUACAAUAAUAAUUCGAGUUAAAUUAUGGAAUAUAUUGCUUCCGAAAAGGGGGAUUCAACUGAAAACCGGGAUCCAAAUUCAUUAAUAUCCAAUGGAACAUCGAAGACUGCGACGGACAACAAACCAAAUGUGGACAGUGAGAAAUCGCACAUGGAGGCUCCCGCAAGCGUCGCGUGCACCUCGGAGCUUGCAGAAGAGUCUGAAGUGUAUGAAAUUCCAGAACAGAUCGAAUUUACUGUAGUUUUUAACAAGACAAAACAUGACAUUACGUUUGCUUACGACGCGACAGUGUUAGAUUUAAAAGCUCAUUUGGAAAGAAUAUGUGGGGUGCCGCAGUCAGCUCAGAAACUCAUAAUCAAGGGCAUGGCAAAAGAUAAUGUCACACUAAGACAAGCUGGAGUUGUGAAAGGUGGAAAAGUUAUGUUGGUUGGCUCAAAAAUGGAUGAUAUUCUUGCUAUGAAGAGUGCACCUAAGGAAGUAUUAGAAGAAAAAGCCUGUAGCCAGUCAAGUAAGGAGCCGCUGUGCAUGCAGAAAAUUCACAGGAAAGUUCUGGAUAAGGGCAUCCCUCCUGAUGUCAUGCCAGGAAUCAAGGGAGUUAAGGAACCACUGCCCCCGAUACCACUGUGUGGGAUGUUAAAUAAGCAUGGCGGGAAAGUCAGGCUCACAUUCAAACCUGAGCAAGACCAACUGUGGCUGGGCACUAAGGAACGCACGGAGAAGCUCGCCAUGACAUCCAUAAAAAGUAUCACUUCAGAGCCAAUAAAAGGUCAUGAAGAAUAUCAUAUUAUGGGUCUACAACUGGGCCCAACAGAGGCUUCCAGGUAUUGGGUGUACUGGGUGCCGGCUCAGUACAUAGAAGCCAUCAAGGACGCCGUUCUUGGCGUCUGGCAGUUCUUCUAAAUGCUUCGUGUCAGUCUCAUUGCUAUAUCUACCUUCCUGUAGGUUUAGGCGCAAUCUGAUGUCGCAAAAUAUUCGAAAAUUCUUAAUGUUUAAAAUUGCCAUCUUAAUAUAUUUCAAAUAAAAAUCGUAACUUUUCAAAUCAGUCUUUCUGGGCAUACAAAACUCUUAGAUCAUACAUGAAAGUACCAACGUCGCGUUACGCUAAAUUAAGCUUUACGAAUGCGCCAUAAUGCUUAGUUUAGCUUGAUUAUGAAGAACUCUUAUGUGAAUCUAAGGGUGUGUUUGCCCUGCGCCAAAACCUUCCUUCGAGCUUCUGGGUAGUUGCAAUACAUUUUUUUUUAAUAUCGAUGUCCAUUUCUUACAGGUACAAUGUAACAGUACCAUUUCUUUUGUGAUAACACUUUGCCAUGUGUCAAUUAAAAUUGUCCAUUUAAAGCUGGCAUCAAUCUGGUCAAAUAUAAAAUUAUUUAUUGUUAUUGUAAGUUUGCAUUUCGCGCAUUUGGGUUCAGUGAGCUGUACAUUGCUAGUUAACCAGGAUUGAGGAUUAAUGCAGAAUUUUCAUUACACAAUAGUUUUGAGAAAUAAGUUUUUGGUACAUGUUUAUGACCUUCAUGUAAGGUAUAAUUAUUUUAAUAUUAGAUAGUGCCACUUUUAGAAUCUAUUUCGAGGAGCCUAAUUUUGAUAACCUGGGGGUAUUUUUAACUACCUGGGUUAUUCAUUAGUGUUGACAACUAUCACACUCUAUUUGGUCAAUCUCAGAUAAAGAAAAAGGGAGAAGACCUGCUUUUAUGGAAUCAACUUCCUUGCAAUAGUUCCCAAAAGUGCAUCACUUAUUUUAUAAUUGUUGUGAAAUGUACACUCUGCAGCAAAUUCCAUUCUGAAGUUGUAUUUCAAGACUCUGCAUGAGCUUAUUGCCCCUACAAGUAUCACAUCUGAUCUCUUUAUGUGAACUUUACAAUACAGGUCACUUGAGUGAAGGAUUGGACAGAAUCACCCUGCCGAAAUUGACUGUCUAACAUUUAUAUUGAUGUAUAGUGUAAUUUGUGACGAUUGUAGCGGUUUUAAAUUAUAUGAUGUAUUUAAAUUAUGCAAGUUGGUAUUGACGCCAAUCCUUCACUGAAUAUUUUCGAUCUAGGAACUAGAAAAUAAAAUGUUUUAAACAAU